GGUGAGCCGGGAUGCAGGGGAAAAUAACUCGGAAGCCUUAAAGACACGAAACGCUGGACGCUCCGAGAAAUGCUCACUCAAAGUCACUUCUUUUCAACUCCCGAGGUUUCUCUCUCCCCUCUCUCUCUCUCUCUCUCUCUCUCUCUCCUCUUAUUCUCUCUCUAGAAGCAGCCAUUGUACGCCAGUCAGUACUGUACUCACUCAACAACCUCCACUCUUGGAGGGAAGAAGAUCCACUUCAUUGUCCCCCCACACCCCACCCCCCUACCCCCACCCCCCCACACAAGUAUACAUACACCUCCCUGUAUCUACACAUUUCAUGAUCGUUGUUUUGCGGUGAUUGGCCUCCGUCGGAGGAAUUUGUUCUCGGCGUUGGGAGAAUGGAUCCACAAGGAGCGGCGAUGAUGAACGACGGAGGAGUUUACAACUUCGCCGAGAUCUGGCCGGGGUUUCAGAUGAAUGCCGCGGCGGCGUCGUACGGUUUGGGCUUGGAUCCGAUGCUGGUCGACCAGAGAUCGAAUAACAGUCCGCCCAAUCACAAUUCGAGGAAGCGCCGCGACGAAGAAGACGACUGCGCCAAGGGCGGAGCGGCUUCUACCAGCAACAGCAACGGCAACAGCAACAACAAUAAUUUUAUGCAAAAUGAAGUUGAUUACAAAAGGAUGAAGUCUGUUGGAUCCAAUGGCAAUUAUGAAAAUAAAGCAGAAGGGGAGGGUAAUUCAGGAAAGGCAGGGGAGGCACCUGUGAAACCAGCUGAACCGCCGAAGCAAGACUUCAUCCAUGUCCGAGCGAGAAGAGGUCAAGCUACCGAUAGUCACAGUUUAGCUGAAAGAGCUCGGAGAGAAAAGAUUAGCGAGAGGAUGAAAAUUCUUCAAGAUUUAGUUCCUGGUUGUAAUAAAGUUAUUGGCAAAGCACUCGUGCUCGAUGAGAUUAUUAAUUAUAUCCAAUCAUUACAACGCCAGGUCGAGUUUCUGUCAAUGAAGCUAGAAGCAGUCAAUGCAAGAGUAGGCCUUGAUGGAUUUCCUUCAAAAGAUUUUACUCAGCCAAAUUUCGAUUCUUCUAGCAUGGCAUUUGGUUCUCAGAGUACACGAGAAUACGAUCGGAAUUCACCUCCAGACUGGCUACAUAUGCAAAUUGGCGGUGGUUUCGAAAGAACAUCGUGAGAAGAUCGAAUUCCCGUGAAUUAAUUAAUACCACUAUAAGAUAACCGAAUAUCCGUGCUUCGUCCUCAAACGAUCGAAGCAGUAUACAAUAUUUCCAUUUCGUCUAUUGGAUGCGGACGUGUUGAUAUCGAAGAUCAAAACCAAAUCCCACGCCCUGCGUAGAAAGUGGUCAAGUUCCACAGAAAGAUUCAUAGAAUCAAUUGAUUUCUGAAAUGCCUAUUUAAAAAACAUUCUUGUAUUACGUAUAUGUUAUUGCUAUGAACAAAGUCAUGGUUCAUUGAAUAAAAUGUAAACUUUGUUGUUUUA